UUAUCACCUUGAGGUUUCACUCGCUGUUAUUGACACAACAAGUCAAAAUCUUUGCAUUUAUGGUGAAAUGGAGAAAGCCGAACAACUUAAAAAGCUCGUCGAAAGUUUGACCCAUUCCGGCAAAAGUACGCUCGACAAACGGAAACUUAAAAUCAUCCUUGAUACCUGCAGCAGUGUUGACAGAUGCUUGGUGAAAGUUGCCUAUGACAAACUUUCGGACGAUCUGAAGGAAGAGCACUCCGAAGUCAAGCUCAGCUCUAUUCAGCUCAUAAAUGAAUUGUUUAUUAAGUUUGAAGAUUUUCGACACAUGGUCGUCGAUAACAUUAGGGAUUUCUUCACCCAUGGAUCUGGAGUCGGAAGGGAGAAACCGAUGCCGCCUCCGGCGAAGGCAGCCAAGGAGGCGAGAAAGCUCUGUUUCACCGUGAUCCACGAAUGGUGUCAGAAAUAUCGUGCCGAUCAUCCCAUCCUCAAAUCCGUUCUCCACCACCUCGAAUGCGCACAUAAUGUGGAUUUUACAAUUUUUGAAAUUGUCGAUCCAAAGGAGAAAGAAGAGAGACUGAAGAGGGAAAAGAAAAUGAUGUUGAUUAAUAAAGAAAUGUUGAAAAAAGUCAACAAUGAAGUUGAAGAAAUGAAAGAAGAAAUUAAUUCAACGUUGACAUCCCUCCAGUCUUGUUUCAGUCUUCUACUUCCAGCCCCUGAUGAAUUUUCUGAUGACCGGAAAACAGAAGAGGUCGAAUUCGACGAUCUGAGGCUUUACGGGAUGGUCAAUCAAUGUGGAAUCACUAUCGAAUUGACUGUCGACCAAAAGGUAAAAGUUAAGAUGGACGAUGACAACAGGACAAUAUUGGAAGCUGCGAAAGAUUCGUAUGUCCUAAUUAAAAAUCGCUUUCUUCCUAAAACCAUCACCUGGGUCGAGCUCCUUCAAAAGACGAAAGGAGAUAAAUCGAUGAUUAAGGAGGCAGAGAGGCAAAAGGAAAUUUUAGAAGGGGCGAUCAGAAAGUACAAUACGUUGGAAAUAGUCAAUGAAAUUGAAGAACCAAUGGAUUCCGACUCUUCAGACAAUGAUUUUGAAGAAGUUGUACCAACGAAGCCAGAUAAAAAAAUUAAGCAGAACGAAGAAAUGAGCUUCUUUUCACGUAUACUGCAAAGCACAGAGGAAAAGAGUAAAAAACAGCAGGACAAACCUGUAAAGUCAACAUCUGAAAAUUUGAAUGCGUCUUCUCGACCGUCUCUACCUGAAGGCUCUGAAACAAAAUCGAGAAAGUCUGAACUGUUAAAAAUCGCCCCAAAACUACCUUUCGAUAUCGACCUUUACCACUGGGAAGAUGAGAAUCUACAAGCUCCAAAAAUCCUACCAGUAAAUUUAGAUGCGUCAUCAAUCUGGACAUCUCCGCUGACCAAUUUGUCAGACAUGGAAGUCCCAGGCGGUUCAGAGGCGCUCAGAAGUCGUGUAAUUGAGUUUUCGGGGAAGUUUGAACCCGUGACAAGGGCUUGCAAGGCACCGUUACCCUCGGGCAGACUCUGUCCUCGCUAUGACCGCGUCAAGUGCCCUCUACAUGGAAUUAUUGUCGACAGGGAUGAUGACGGUAACAUUAUUAACGAUGAAGACAGAGUGAAGGUUGAAAAAGCCAGCCAGAAGCCGAGAGUGCCUGAUUGGCAGGACCCAGUGCUACUAGCCGAGUUAAAAGCGAAAACUGGCAUCGAUUUAGAAAUGCCUAAAAAAGGUCAAAGAAGGAAGAAAAACCCGAAACACCCUGGUUUAACAGACAUACAUAAAAAAGUCGAAACGCCAAUGAAAAGGAUCGCUAAGAAAAUAUUCAACAAGAAAGCCGUGAAAAGGGUGGCGAGUACUUUGGAUAGAAUUGACUAUUCAAGGCACAGAGAUAAAUUCGGCGAUCAGUUCAAUUACGUCCAUGACAAACUUUGAUCAUUAUGAUAGCAUAUAGUAAUUUAUUUUUCUACAGAAACAAUGCCGAAUGUGUCAGUAAUUUAAUUUUCUAUAAGGCGAUCUCGGUGAAAAUUGUAACAUGAUAUACGGUGCAAAUACUUUUGUAAAAUAUAAUUUAUCGCACCUCACUGAUUAGAUAAAUUAAUAAUCAAUUAAACAUUAAUAUUUCUAUCACAAUUUGUGGAAUUUUUUUAAUGUAAUUGAAACAUUUUUUGUCUCAUUAGCCUUGCGUGCUGUUUAAUGUCUAAAUAGCAAUAAGUAUGUCAUUAAAACAAAAAUUUAACUACAAAUCUAAUAAACAUAAUACUGUUUUGUUCCCGUU